AUGGCUGAAAGCCGUUUGUCCCAUCGCAAAAAUGAGUACAAAAGCAAAGGUGGUCUCAAGCAAGAGGACUUGAGGCGGAGACGGGAGGAGCAGCAGGUUGAAAUUAGAAAGCAGAAGAGGGAGGAGAACAUCACUAAGAGGCGAAACUUCCUUCCGGCGACUGCUGGGGAUUCGGAUGAAGAGGGUGCUACCACUACCUGGGAGAGCCCUCUGGCUGAGGAGAUGAUCGCUGGCGUUUUCUCCGAUGACCCCGAUCGCCAAUUGGACGCGACGACAAAGUUCCGCAAACUGCUCUCAAAGGAGAAAAAUCCGCCAAUUGAACGCGUCAUAGCAUGUGGUGUUGUCCCUCGAUUUGUUCAAUUCUUGCAGGGCAACAAUGCUAUGCUUCAGUUUGAGGCCGCAUGGGCGCUCACUAAUAUCGCUUCGGGCACUGCUGAGCAUACCCAAGUUGUGAUUACCGCGAACGCUGUCCCCGAGUUCAUCAAGCUCCUGUCUUCCCCGGUCCUUGACGUCCGAGAGCAGGCUGUCUGGGCGUUGGGCAACAUCGCCGGUGACAGUCCAGCAUGCCGUGAUUACGUCCUUCAGCAAGGAGCCUUGAGGCCACUCCUCAAUCUGCUGAGUGAGAACCACAAGCUCAGCAUGCUUAGAAAUGCAACUUGGACCUUGAGUAAUUUCUGCCGAGGGAAGUCACCACAGCCAGACUGGGAGUUGAUAUCUCCUGCGCUCACCGUCUUGACAAAGUUGAUCUACUCGCUCGACGACGAGAUCCUGAUCGACGCUUGCUGGGCGAUCUCUUACCUUUCUGAUGGCUCCAAUGACAAGAUCCAGGCUGUCAUCGAGUCAGGUGUCUGUAGGCGGUUGGUUGACCUCCUCAUGCAUCCUUCGACUUCUGUACAGACUCCGGCCCUCCGUUCUGUUGGCAACAUCGUGACGGGUGAUGACCUGCAGACCCAGGUGGUGAUCACGUCGGGAGCGCUCCCAGCGCUCUUGUCUUUACUGUCCUCUCCCAAGGACGGUAUCAGAAAGGAGGCUUGCUGGACGAUCUCGAACAUCACCGCUGGGUCUCCGCCCCAGAUCCAGGCUGUCAUCGACGCAAAUAUCAUUCCUCCUCUCAUCAACAUUCUCCAGAAUGCUGAUUUCAAGACGAGGAAGGAGGCUUGCUGGGCUAUCUCGAACGCCACAUCUGGCGGCCUUCAAGAACCCUCGCAGAUCCGUUAUCUGGUUUCACAAGGUUGCAUCAAGCCCUUGUGUGAUCUCCUUACGAUGAUGGACAACAAGAUCAUCCAAGUGGCUCUUGACGGUCUGGAUAACAUCUUGAAAGUGGGAGAGUUGGACAAGCAGGCGACGGGCCCGGGAGCCGUGAACCAAUAUGCGCUGUAUGUAGAGGAGGCCGGAGGAAUGGUGACCAUCCAUAAUCUCCAACAACACGACAACUUGGAGAUCUACAAGAAGGCGUUCAACAUUAUGGACAAGUACUUCCCUGACGACGAAGAAGUGGAUGCUGGUAUCAACACUGCAAACGUCGACGCCACAGGUGCUUUCGCGUUCGACCAGGGAGGUGCUGCUCCGCCUUCUGGAGGUUUCAAUUUCGGAGGGCAGUAA